AUGAACCCGCAGAACGGCCAAACCAACGGCACCGCCAGUCGGAAUGGUAGUGUCUCGAGCAGCGUCAACGGCAAGACCUCACCUCCUCCCGACGCUCUCCUCCAGCCUGUCGCCCGCCCCACCGUGUCCAUGAAGGACAAGCUUUCCCGCAUGUUCUCCCACCGUGAAACACCACGGUCAACACCCUCCGUCACGCCACGUCGUGCCAGCUUCGACGAUGACGCAGCGAGACCAAAGAAGAGCUCGCCGCCGAUACCGCGCAUCCAGUCGCCGACAGGAAAAGCUUUCGGAUAUGUGGCGCAUGUUGCUCGGAAAGAAGCAGGAGAUCGCAGAAAACGACCUGUCACUCGUCUCUAUUGGGUCGAUACGUUGAGGGAUGAGAACCGCGAUGAUGUGGCUGGAGACAGGAAAGGCGGACCCAACGCGUCAGUCUCGCUGAUACAAAAGUACGGAAAAUGCCACGAAGUUGUCGGACGUGGCGCCUUUGGCAUUGUGCGCAUCUCUCACAAGAAGGCCGAGAAUGGCGCCGAGAAACUGUUCGCCGUCAAGGAGUUCCGUCGCCGUCCAGAGGAGACGGAGAAGAAGUACAGCAAGCGUUUGACAGCCGAGUUUUGCAUUUCCUCGUCCCUGCGACACCCCAACGUCAUCCACACGCUCGACCUUUUGAAGGACGCCAAGGGCGACUACUGCGAAGUCAUGGAGUUCUGCGCAGGCGGUGACCUGUACACGCUGGUGCUAGCCGCCGGCAAGCUCGAGGUCCAAGAGGCGGACUGCUUCUUCAAGCAAAUGAUGCGCGGCGUGGAAUACCUACACGAGAUGGGCGUCGCCCAUCGUGACCUGAAGCCUGAGAACCUCCUCCUUACCACACGUGGUGGCCUCAAGAUUACUGAUUUCGGCAACGGCGAGUGUUUCCGCAUGGCGUGGGAGACAGACCCCCAUAUGGUCUCUGGUCUCUGCGGAUCGGCCCCGUACAUCGCGCCUGAAGAAUACGUGGACAAGGAAUUCGACGCCCGCGCCGUUGACGUUUGGGCAUGUGGUGUCAUUUACAUGGCCAUGCGGACCGGCCGUCACCUUUGGCGCGUCGCCAGGAAGGACCAGGAUGAGUUUUACGAUCGCUAUCUCGCCGGACGCCGUGAUGAAGAGGGGUACGGUCCCAUCGAAUCCUUGCACAGAGUGAGCACCCCCGUACAAACCGUAUGUAAUUGUCUCAGCCUAACAUGUCCCAAGGCCCGCUGUCGGAAUGUCAUCUACUCCAUCCUAGACCCGAACCCCACGCGACGUAUCACGGCCUCGCAGGUUCUCAAGUCCGAGUGGGGUCGCGAGAUUACCCUCUGCAAGGCCGGCGAGGAAGGUCUGUGA